AUGGCUAAACUACUAUUGGCGCUGCUUGCCCUCGUCGCGGUUGCAUUAGCGACCGACGACUGCCCGGCAGUGUAUGGCGGCACUUGCAGCUCCGGACCGGCCAGCGGAGCCAAUGGUGAUGAGUGUGAUGUUGGUGAAUGCAGGCAUCUUGAUGAGGGCGGUUUCCUGUACGAAUGCUUCUGCUCCAACUGCGAUGCCGACACCAACACCUGCAAGACUACUGCAGCGCCCACAGCAGCUGCUGGUGCCACAACAAAGGCUGGCGCUACAGCGGCAACAACAAAAGCUGCUGCUGCGACGACGAAAGCUGUCGUGACAGUUAAGACCACCGCCAAAGCCGUUGCCACAACCAAGCGCCGAACUAGCUGCGGCACUGAUAAUGCGAACUGCGCCACGUGGGUCUCGAACGGCUUCUGCUCCUCCACCGGAUACACAGCCGCGCAGAAGUUCGAAUACUGCCCGAACUAUUGUGGACAGUGCGGAGUUACGACGAAAACAACCGCGAAAGUAACCGUCAAGCCCACGACCAAAAAAGUCACCGUGAAAGCAACCGUGAAGACCACGGCCAAGCCAACAACGGCGAAGGCUAAAGUGUGCCCCGCUGACAGCAAUGCAAACUGCGUGACGUGGGCUGCCAACGGUUUCUGCACCAACCCGGGCUACACUGCUGCUCAAAUCGCCUCCUAUUGCUCGACGACCUGCAAGACCUGC